AUGCCAGAUGGCGUUGCAGGCCAGAACUGCUCAGGGAGGGUACAGCAGGUGUGCUCGGAGAAGAACAAAGCAACGCAGGAAGAUGAUCUCCUCAAGCCGGUGAAGAGGUCUUUGAAGUCCAGACUAGUUUCUUUUCUAUGUUAUGUGCCGUCUCGUUGUCGAUAUGAUCCGAACCAACCUUUCGAGUUCUCCAUUGGCCUGAAUCUUCUAUUUGCCUUCGCAGGAUGUUUCACCGUCGCAAACCUAUAUUACAAUCAUCCCAUCCUCCAUCUGCUGGCGCGUGACUUUGGUGUCACGGAGUAUCAGUCUUCUUACGUGCCAACUUUGGCUCAGGCAGGCUAUGCCGGUGGUCUUUUAUUUCUGUGUCCCUUGGGGGAUCUACUUAGAAGAAGGCCGUUUGUGCUAUUGCUGGUAUGGUUCACCGCGACUGCAUGGAUCGGGCUCUGCGUGACCACCUCCUUUUCCGUCUUCUGCGCGCUCUCCCUUGUCACAUCUCUGUCCACCGUGACGCCGCAGCUCAUGCUUCCAUUGGUGGGCGAUCUGGCGCCUGCUCAUCGUCGUGCAGCCGCGCUCUCCAUAGUAGUCUCUGGGCUCCUUCUCGGCUUACUCGUUGCUCGUCUGCUCUCUGGAGUUGUGGCCCAAUAUGUCGGGUGGCGCUAUAUCUACUGGAUAUCUUUCGCCUUGCAAUACCUGAUUCUUAUCCUGCUUUGGCUUUUCAUGCCGGAUUACCCGUCUACAAACCCUGUCAACAGCUGGGUGGAACUACUGCAAAAGUAUCCGGGCUUGCUUUUUGAUAUCAUCAGAAUGCCGUUUCGACACCCGGUUCUGGUGCAAGCUUGUGUAUUCGGCUUCUUGACCAGUAGCACAUUUAAUUCCUUCUGGACAACCCUAACUUUUCUGCUCUCUUCCGCGCCUUACAACUAUUCUUCUCUGGCAAUCGGUCUCUUCGCUUUGAUAGGCGUCCUCGCCAUGACAUGGGGCCCAUUCUUCGCUCGAACCUUCAUGGACAAGCAUCAUCCACUAUUUUCCGUACUCAUCGGCACAAUGAUAAACCUCGUUGGGAUUGUGGUGGGAACCUAUACCGGAAAGAUCAGUGUUGCCGGUCCUGUUAUCCAGGCACUUUUUGUCGACAUUGGCUUGCAGACCAGUCAAAUUGCCAACAGAACUGCAAUUUACCAGGUUGAGCCAAAAGGUCGGAAUAGGGUCAAUACCACCUUCAUGGUCAGCAUUUUCGGCGGGCAGUUGAUGGGCACCGCCGUGGGAAAUAGACUCUACGACCAUGGUGGGUGGAUUGUGUCAGGCUCGGCAAAUGUGGGCUUCACCUGUGCCGCAUUACUUGUCUGCCUGCUUCGGGGCCCACAUGAAUCCGGCUGGGUCGGGUGGAGUGGUGGGUGGAAUAUGCGGAAGGAAAGACAUCCGCUCGAACCUAAGGUCACCGAACCAGACGAUGUAGAGAAGCAAGCUGAACGGAGUCCUGAGGCCGAAUCAGAGAAGAACUCCAGGGAGAUUCCAACACGGGCUGAAGCCUGA